AUGGCCCCGAGAAAGACAAAGCGCACUUGUCAGGUGAAAGCGCAGGCACAUUCGACAGAGGAAGAGAAGCAUUGCCCCAAGAAACUCCGCUUUCAUCCAUAUUCGCCUCCGCGUUCCGAGUUUAAGCAUAUGCUCUCAAAUGAAAAAAAUAUGCCGAUCCAGACAUUGCAUUCGUUCAUUGAGCAAAAUUCCGAGCAGACUCCUUGCUUACGUUUCAGUGAAGAUUCAAAUGAAAGCAGAAACAUUAAACUCGUCGCUCCUUGCUUGUCCGCGAUAACUUCUUCACUCCGCUCUCUGCCAACAACUUCCUGCCUUGAUGUUAUUGAUCCUCAGAUUCUCAAGCCCAUAAAAUCUGGAACUCAGGAUGAAUAUCAGUAUUACGACCAAGCACCUUUUCAGCUGGACGUUUCAAAUUGCCAUAAAGAUGAACUUAAGAGAAAUAAGGAGAACCUGAAUGACACAGCGCAACUGAACUCUCUUAUCCCAAGCUUCAUCACUCUAUCUAGCGAGAAGUUUUCGGAUACAAAUACGAAUGCGGAGCCAGAUACUAUUCUAGAAACGGAUAAUAUCGUCAUCUUCGACAACAAUGCAGCAAACAAUAAGCAUGAGCAAUCUCAGCUGCAGGGAGACCUCGGCAAUAAGAAAUCAUUUGAUGAUCAAGCCGCUAUCAGUGUUAUUAGCGGGCCGCUCACGAGAGCUAAGAGAAGAGCACAGCUGUCGAUUAAAAACGUGGAUAACCCGGGUACUAUCAAGCUCCGUCACAAACUAACCGCAAAGGAAAAACGAAAGCUUCUUCAGCUCAAGGACCAGAGCUUAAACUCAAGAGAGAUUAUAGCACAUUUUGAGGAUAUAAAACCAGCUGCUUUGCAUCAGGCUUGGAGGGAGAUGCAGGUCCCUCAGCGAUGCACUAGAUCACAAACUAAUCGGAUGUGCCAUCGUCGCAGUGUUCGUUGA